CAGGAAGUGAUUUCGGGAGUGGAGCCGGCGAGCGAGCUGCAGCAGGGGCUGAUGGAAGUGGAGUGGGGGCUCGAGAGGGCACCCUACCGUAUCCAGCAUGCUCCAAGGCCACAGCUCUGUGUUCCAGGCCUUGCUGGGAACCUUCUUCACCUGGGGGAUGACGGCAGCUGGGGCGGCUCUCGUGUUCAUUUUCUCUAGUGGACAGAGGCGGAUUCUAGAUGGAAGUCUCGGCUUUGCUGCAGGGGUCAUGUUAGCGGCAUCCUAUUGGUCUCUCCUGGCCCCGGCGGUUGAGAUGGCCACGUCCUCUGGGGGCUUUGGUGCCUUUGCCUUCUUCCCUGUGGCUGUCGGCUUCACCCUCGGAGCCGCAUUCGUCUACGUGGCUGACCUCCUGAUGCCUCACCUGGGUGCAGCAGAAGACCCCCAGAUGGCCCUGGCCCUGAACUUCGACCCUGCGUUGAUAAAGAAAUCCGAUGCUGAGGGUCCCCGGCUGCUCUUCUCCGAGAGUGAACUUUCCAUCCGGAUAGGUAGAGCUGGGCUGCUUUCAGACAAGACUGAGAACGGCGAGGCAUAUCAGAGGAAGAAGGCGGUGGCCACGGACCUUCCGGAGGGCCCCGAGGCCCGUGCGCCGUCUCGGGGGAACCCGGCCGUGCCUGGCGGCAGCAGCUGGAGGAGAAUCGCACUGCUCAUCUUGGCCAUCACCAUCCACAACAUCCCAGAGGGUCUUGCUGUUGGAGUUGGAUUUGGGGCGAUAGAAAAGACGGCGUCGGCUACCUUUGAGAGUGCCAGUCUCUCUCAGUUCAAUUUGGACCCAAUUGGAGAAGAGUGGUGGCUUUCUCCUUUUUUCAGCAGCCGCCUUCAGAUGCUGGCCCAUGGGAGAGUCGGGGCUGUCCCCCGCAUUGGAGCUAUUAAACUGUCGUAAGAAAGAGGCCUUUGUCACGGGGAACACGGCACUCAGCUCAGAAACAGAGACAGAUUGUGCCAGAAAACAAACAACAAAAAAAAAGGUUCAACCACAGAAUUCUUUGGGACUUCAGUCAUCAGCCUCUCGCUUGUUCUUAAAAGACAAAUUUCCUUUCUUUGGUGUAAUUCCAUCAGAUAGGUCGUCAGGUUUUAAUUCUGUCCAGAACUGAGGGCUGGGGGCCCUCCCCAGACCAUCUGCGCUGGGCCUCCACCCAGCUCCCUGUCUGCAUUACCUCAUGCCUGCCUGCCUGCAGGUUGGGGAGUCAGAGGCCCCACUGGGCCUGCUCAGGGGACUGGGCCCGAAGUAGAUGUUUUUUCAGUGCAGGGAAGGGAGGAGCGAUUGGAGAAGCCAGUGAGGACAAGUUACAAACUCCUUAGCCCAUGAGUGUGAAAGCUUUUAUAAAUGUGCAUUGCAUUUGGGAGAGACCCCAGAGAGCCUCGUUUUUAUGCACGAGAAAAAUGGAAGUGAAGAGACUGGCCCAAAGCCACACUGUUCACUGGCAGCAGGCCGCACCCGCCCGCCCAGGACCAGGGGUCAAAAUGCCACUUGACCCAACACGGCACUGGGGAACUGCUGUGGGCCCAGAGCCUUCUCAGAAGCGUGACAGUCACCCGGGCACAGCUGAGAGCACAGAGUCCAGGUCUGCGCUUCGGACGCCGAGUCACAUCUCAGGGCCAGACCCUGGCAAGCGUCUUUCUGCUUCCCGUCUCUGUGAUUUGGACUCCUCUGGGGACCUCAUGGAAACGAAAUCACACAGCGUUUGUCCUUUUGUGUCUGGCUGAUUUCACUUCGCAUAAUGUCCUCAAGGUUCACCCAUGUCGUAGCAUGUGUGAGAAUGUCCUUCCUUUUUAAGGCUGAAUAAUAUUCCCUUCUGUGUAAAGGACACACCGUUUAUCCUUUCAUCCAUCGGCGGACACUUGAGCUGCUUCCAGCUUUUGGUUUUUAUGAAUAAUGGUGCUAUGAACACGGGUGCACAAAUAUCUCUUUUAAGACCCUGCUUUUAAUUCGUGUGUGUGUGUGUGUGUGUGUGUGUGUGUCUGUCUGUGUGUGUAUGUGUGUGUGUAUAGACGUAGAAUUGCUGAAUGGCAUGGGAAUUCCAUUUUUAAUUUUUUGAGGAAUUUGGACAUGGUGCUUUUUAUUUGGUGUUUAAUGCCGAGCUCCCUGGGGUACAGGGGGUACUUCCUGGAGGGGUGCAGACCCUCACCCUUGGACCAUGACUGGAUACGUGGGGUGUGUGCAUCUGACCCUGACCUUCCUGGGACCCAGGCCCCUGAGUGGCUGCAGUGGUGGCUCAGCCUUGCAUGAGGGGGAGCAGAAGGAAACCGGGGGAGAAAAAUGGGGCUGCCUUGAGGAGCCAGCAAAAGUGAAGCUGAGCCCUUGGGCCGGUGCAGGCGUGGGGCAGGCCCUGGACCAGAGGCAUUUGUUAACACUCAGCAGUGGGGCUGUGGAUGUUUACGGUCAUGUUUCUUCAGCUGUGACUAGAGCCUG